CCACAAGGAGCAGCUGCAGUAUUCACUUCUUGCCAGAAGGGAAGACAGGCAGACAGCUGUCACACUAUGAAUCAGUUUUUAAACCGUGGUUUGGAGAGGAAGAUUUUAGCUUUAUUUCCCACUUGCAGAACAAAGAGCAUCUGUUUCUGACACUUGUAGUUUUGUGCUGAUCUGGGGGUUUGACUUGCAGUUACAGAUUCCACGUAGGGAAACUGAAUUCAAAUAUCCAAUGAAAAAUAUUCCCCUGAUAUUUUUUAAUUGAUCAGGGCCGCUGUGAAAUUAAAUCCAAAUUAUAUCUGAAAAACCAAAACGUUUAAAUGAGAAGCAGUCUGUGUGAUUCUCUUUGGUCCUGUAAAUGGUGUGACUAGAGACGCUGUAAGCAGAUAGAGCGGUUAUUAGUUUUAUUGUUCUGUGGAAUUUGAAGACACUGAAUGCUGAAGAAUGAACAGACUUUGGCUUGAAAAGUGUUCAUGUGUGCUGCAGUAGUUAGGGGUAGAAUGGUUUCUUGGACACACUGGGAAUCAAGAGAGCCAAAAGUGAGUCACAUGGACGACUGCAGACAUCACAUUUAAUUGUGUAAUAAUACUACAGCAAGCACAAUUGGAGCAGGCUUGCUGACCUCACAGCUGAAAGCACUAUUUAAGAUCUGGCUACCAGAUGUUCCAAUAGGAUCUAGCCAGCUGCUAGCGGAGGUUACCCUGAGUGUUUUAACAGGGAAUAUUUACAGCCUAAUAGUUCGGAAGAGAUGAUUGCACUGAUUUUCUUCUCUGCCCUGCUGUGGGACAAGGCUCAAGCAUGGGGAUUCAAGGACGGAGUGCUACAUAACUCUAUCUGGCUAGAACGAGCAGCUGGAGUGUACCACCGGGAGUCACGCUCUGGCAAGUACCAGCUCACCUAUGCAGAAGCAAAAGCUGUCUGCGAGUACGAAGGAGGACAUCUGGCCACGUAUCAGCAGCUGGAGGCAGCGAGAAAAAUAGGUUUCCACGUGUGUGCUGCUGGCUGGAUGGCAAAGGGCAGGGUCGGUUAUCCCAUAGUGAAAGCUGGAGCCAACUGUGGCUUUGGAAAAACCGGCAUCGUUGACUACGGGAUUCGCCUCAACCGGAGCGAGAGAUGGGAUGCCUACUGCUACAACCCUAACGGAAAAGAAUGUGGUGGAGUCUUCACAGAUUCAAAACAUGUUUUUAAGUCACCAGGCUACCCAAACGAGUAUGAAAAUGAGCAAAUUUGUUAUUGGCAUAUUAGAGUGAAGUAUGGACAGCGGAUUCAUCUACAGUUUCUGGAGUUUGAUGUUGAAGACGACACUGCUUGUAUGGCAGAUUUCUUGGAAAUCUAUGAUAGCUAUGACGAUAUCAAUGGCUUUGUGGGCAGGUUUUGUGGAGAUGAGUUGCCAGAUGAUAUCAUUAGCACAGGCAAUGUGAUGACUUUGAAGUUUCUGACAGACUCCUCAGUGACUGCUGGUGGUUUUCAAAUUAGGUAUGUUGCUGUAGACAUGCCUUCAAAGUCAGGUGACGGAAAGAAUACAACUUCCCAAGGAAAAGCAAACUUCUUACCUGGAAAGUUUGGUAUCAUGUAAGCAGAGUGACACGAUAUGCUCAUUAGGAAACGUGUUUUAGAACCCAAUUCAAACAUCUGUUUCUUCAGAUAAGACAGACAUACGGUCAUUUCCUUCAUAUCUUCCUGACUUUUUAUUUUCUGUUUUAUAUAAGUUUUGUUAAUAAAGUAUACUAGGAAAUAAAUUAUAAAAUGUAUUUACAUGAAUGCUGGAAGACUAUUUUUAGAUUUCUAGACCUGUAAAAAACUGAAGAAAUCACUGUUACCAAAGACUUUAAAGCUAUUUUUGUAUAUAAACUGUUCCUUUUCCUUAUUUCUUGCACCGUUUGAACAAACUUAUUGUGACCAACGUUUCAAAUAUUUUUAAACCUAAUUUGCUGUUCUCUCCUUAUUUCCUUGGUUUCCACAUAUUUAUUUUUUUAGAUUGUGGCUUUAUUUCUUCCUGUUCUCUACACUAUUUUUUUUUAAUUAACUAAUUUCCCUGAGUUCAAAAGGCCUUUGGAGUCCACUUAUUCUGAAGAUGCAUAAAUUCAUCCUGUGGAUGGCCUAGCAGCCACCCAUGUUACUGUCUGAAGUCAGAAGGUUUUGAAGCAGCAUGGAAAGCACAGGAUCCACAACAUUAUCAGUGUAAUUUUGUUGUGAGAUGAAUCAGAAAGUACUCUAGAAAUUUUGUCAGCGUCUCCUCAUGCGGAGAAGAGAUGUUCAUGUCUUUCCACUUGUCUUAUUUCACUUCAUAAAGAAUCAAAUGAAAGACUUGAUGAUAAAACUGGCGAGAUGAAGCAUCGAAAGAAAUUACUGACAACCAGCAAAUCCAUUCUGAAGAUGCUGUUGAGAUACUGUAUGUUUACACGGGUUUUAAGAAUGUACUGUUUUGAAUUGAUAAACACGAAUCAUCUUCUGUACAUUCUCAACUUCAGUUUAAGUUCCUCAGUCUGAAGCAGCAUUAAAGCUACCUCUGUUUUAACCUC